AUAGAAACGCGCUCGAGCUUGUCCAAUGAAUUCCUUUCAAUCAGUGUUUGAUGCUCUAGUUCUGUAUCGUGAGAAGUAGACGCUUGGAAUUGGAAUUUCAGUACGAAUCUCACCUGUAGAUUCGCAGAAACGUGUAGUACAGGCUCUCUCCAUCAUUGCUCGCGUAGUUGAAAAAGACGAAAUUGAUAUGUGUCGAUUUUGUAUGGGGGAACGCUUCUGUGAUAUGUGUUGGUGAUUCUCCGUCCGUCGUACGCCUACGUUUUUGACUGAGUAAGCAGCAUGAUGAAGCGAUCUUUUGCUACCGAUGCGCUCGCAGAAAAGUGAGGCGAGAGUGCGAAUCUGACGACGAAGCGACCGUGAUCUUGCUGAAGAAGCCUUUCCUGACGCUUGAAGAUUCCUCUCAGAAGAGGUUUUCGCGACAAAGCAAGCGACGACAACCAAGUUUGUGGAACCUCUGAGUAUCACGAGAAUCCACGAACAAGAUGGCGGGUGAAGAGGGCGGCAGUUCGGCGUCCAACGCCAAGGCGUCGCACCUCCAUUUCGGUAUCGCGAAAGCUGGCGGUCAGAGGGAAGCGGGACCUGAGGGCCACACAAUCGAACUGAAGGCCGAUGAAAUGGCAGCAAAGAGGGAAGCCUUUAAUGCGGCAAGAGCGCAGAUCACGGCAGAUAUCCAUGCAAAAAGGACGAUUCAACUGCCAACACAGGAUCCAGCAGUGAGGACGAAACUACGCGAAUAUGGAGUGCCAAUUACGCUAUUUGGAGAAGGGCCGUACAACUAUCCCUUGCUUUCUUUGCUCUCUCAACCCGCAGAGGCAUCUAAUAUUGUUUUAAAGCUACUGCUCUCAAGAUUCUUUCAUGAGAAUCUGAGAUGGUUUGCUGCUGAUGCUAUAGUGCUUAUCCUAUGACUCCUCUGAUUAGGAUCCACAGUGAUUUGCAUGAUUUCUAGUUCGUAGCAAGUAUGCCAAGCAAAGUGUCCCAAACAUCCUCAAAAUAAGCUCACAACCCUCACAGGUACGAACGGCGGGAGCGUUUGAAGUCUAUUAUGACUGGUGAUAAGAAGAUAGAUAGUGGCAAAACAGCCAGAGUGGACGAUGACCAGCAGCAUGAAGAGUUUUUUACAGUAGGAAGUGAAGCGCUGAAGGAAAGGAGAUGGGAGAUUGCAAGGUAGUGGUCAAACAGAUUUGAAACUUGGUUAGUUAUUUACAACAUGUCAUCAUUGACAACAAUCAAUCUUUCAAUACGCCCUUCAACGAACAAGAACGUCGUACUGCUAGAGCGAAAAUACAUCGAUGUGGUCCAUCAUCAUGGGAACCAACUAAGGUAUUCUCUCGCCGCCGCCGCUUGCCGACUAGACGCCGAGCGUGCCUUACUCCCGCGACGCGAGCUAGAAGAAGCAGAGACGGAUCGCGUAGGCCGAUGGCUACAACAGAGUGCGAGUAUCGAGCUGUCGCAAGUUGGAGAUGAGCGACCCUUGACGCAAGGUAGGUUUUCUCCCGAUGGGAGGAUGUUUGCAACAGCUAGUUGGACCGGACUCGUGAAAUUGUGGAACGUGCCUUCGGGUUCACACUUGCGGACACUGCGCACGGCAACGGAAACGCGAUCACACGGGGUUUGUUUCGCGAAACCGAGCCAGGGCGGAGGAUCGGGUACAACUAUUUUUAUGUUGAAUAUACAAUGUUGACUUCCUUGAUUUCAUAGAAAGGUCGGUGUUUUUGGAAAAGAUUGUUUCAAGUACAGAGAACACAGUAUCAUCGAGUACAACAAAAAUGUUCCCAAUCCUAGGUCCAGACGAUGCAAUGGACGUUGACGGCGAAAAGCAUGCUAGUCAAAAUAGGCAGAUGCUGGCAGCUGCUAUGGCCAAUGGGUCAGUGUGUGUUUGGAACACGGAACAGGAACUUCCAGUGUGCACUCUCAAGGGUCACGAAGACCGAGUAAACCGAGUAGCGUUUCAUCCCAGUGGUGCGGGAAUACUGGCCUCAACUUCCCAUGAUCAGACGUGGAGGUUAUGGGACGUAGAAAAGCAAACGGAGAUUUUAUGCCAGGAAGGACAUAGCACAGGUAAAUACUUACCGUUUUAUGACAGGAGUGACAUAGUACUAGUACUUCUCGAGGAUCACAAUCAUACUCAUACAGCAACGUUCUACUUGAAAAAAACCAAGGAACCAAAAAGAUUGAUAAGUAAACCCACGUGGGCCAUUAUUUACAACAACCCACGCUCAACACAUUACUCACGCUCGUGUUCUCAAACUUGAAACUUCCUUACAGCAUACUUGAUUUAUCUCCAGGUGUUUACGGUGUUGCGAUACAUCCUGAUGGUAGUUUGAUAUGCACCACCGAUCUUGGUGGGAUAGCCAGAGUUUGGGACAUGAGGACAGGCCGCACAGUCUUCCCACUGCAGGGCCAUCACAGCCAGAUUCUUAGUUGCGAUUUCAACAAGCACGGCUUUCAAAUCAUGACCGGGAGCGAUGAUAAUACGGUACGAUAUUAGUCUACAACUACGGAGUAUUAUCAGAAGAUGAUUGAUACAUAGUUUAUCUUCCCUAUAUGUCAUAUCAACAUCAUACCUCACAUGAAGCUUGUUGGUACUACUAGGAGAACGAAAUUCAACAUCAUCAUCUCCCUUCUAAAGGAAGAAAUCCUAAUUCAUGCCAAAGGUUCGUUUUUGGGACAUGCGUAAAAGACAGUGCGUCUCCACGCUCCAAGCGCAUUCGAAGUGCGUUUCUGAGGUCCAGUACGACGCUAGCGGACGCUUUUUCGUCUCUUCCUCCUACGAUAAAACCGUAAAACUCUGGAACGCGAACAACAAUCAUUGUAUGAAAGUUCUCGUAGGACACGAAGCGAGGGUGAUGGGAGCAGCUUUGUGUCCUGUUCUCGUGCAAGGCCAGCACUGGAUAGGCAGUGUGGCGUUUGACCGAACAUUUAAAUUUUGGGCAACGAGGGGACAGGCGUCAGACUAUGAUGAUAGGGAGUAGGCGUCAGACUACGAUGAUGGGAAGUAGAUGCUUAGAAGCAGGAACACCAAAGAACGACAUGAAGCUUCUUCAUAAGACUACUACAUCAGCAAGCACCACAACCACUUCCAGAACGAACAAGCAGGUGGAGGAGAAAAUUGGUGCUGUCCCUGAAGAACUACAACCAGGGAAGAAAAAUAGCGAUUAUUCUUGGCGAUAUUAAAUCUGGAACCACAGACACAUGUGAUCUGUUUUAAGGCUUCACCCAUACCCAAAUGAAGCAGUUCGCGCACAACUCCCUCUCUCCACAUAGAUCGUGACACACAUCAUACAACCUCUUCGACGUGGUAAGGUUUUCACUGAUCAUAACUCGACAGGAAGAUUGAGUUUUUUACUGGGUCUCUUUUGGUUCAUCAAC